UCAAGCAAUCACAAAACAGACUGAUUCUGAGGUAUUUGAUGACAUUCUAUGUUUGGAGGGAUCAUAUACUUAAAUAAAUGAUAAAACUAACUAUGGACUCGCGAAAAAUAUGUUUGUUGGCUUUCUUUGCAGUAGCAGCAAGAGCUGUUCCAGAGUUUCAGAGUUUUGAAUCUCAUUAUGGAGGAAAGAUCAUUGCAGUUGACGAUGCUGUGUUUGAUAAACAGGGACAAUAUGCACUGAUCAAAAUAAAUUCAUUAUCAGACAAAAUUGUUUCAACGCUAAAUUUGCAUGACUUUAACACGAAUUUCACUGCGGUCAGGAAUAACGAAAUGCGGAGGUGUCAUAUCUUCAGAACACGCCAUACACUGAGUGAAAUGAUGGACCUGUAUAAAACGGCAAUAAAUAGAAAAGGCUUCUAUGAUGUGACACAGACAUUCACAUGCACGUCAAAGGCAAUAGUUCCUACACAAGACAUGUUUCGUUUCGGAAAAAGGAUAGCUGAAUUCUGUCAAGGUGAUGAAGUUAUGUUCUCUGAAAGAAAAUUCAUAACCAAAAGAAAACGAUCUAUCAGGGCGAUUCGAGAGGCUUCAAUAGCCUGUGGUAUUUGUAUUGGCGGAUGUCAUCAUUAACCAAUAGACCAAUAGACCAAUUAAAACGUUAAAGCAAUCAACAAAUUUACACGGACAAUAUUACAAGGAACGGAAUAAGAACUAAACAAAAAAAUAUGAUAUUCAAAUGUCAACAAUAUAGUUUUUUAUUUGUCGUGCUAUGUAUAUGCUGUAAGUGUUGUACAAUAGUGUCAUUUUAUACAUGUAGACCCAUAAAUAUAUAUCGAUUUACGAUAUCUCAAAGAAAGAAAGUUCGUUUUUGUCCUUUACCUACGACAAUGUUGCUCUGAUGUACGUACACUAAUUAUGUUGAACAAAUGUCAUGCAUUUUACAUAUACAAUACUUCGCACUUACAACACAAUUCAAACAAAACCGUUUAUUGUUUAGGAACAUUGUUAUCAUAUUCAUAUACUAGUAGAUAUAACUAAAGGAUAUGUUGAAUAGUACGAGGAAUGAUCUAGAAUUACCCGGGUUUACGCAGCAAAUUCAAUAAUACUUAUCAUAUAUCCAUUUUACGAGUAUGCUA